GCUAAUUGGGCCUCCAUUCCCAUCGCUUUAUCUCUCCACUCUCUUCCUUCCUUCCUUCUUCUCCUCCGACGCCGAGAAAGAAGAGAGAGAGAGAGAGAGAGAGAGAGGGAGAGAUGGCGGUUCUGAGCGUGCUCUCCCCGCUGUCAACGGCCUCCUCGCUCUCCGCGACCUCAUCAUCUGCUCCCGGCGAUGGUGCUUCCAGUUCCAGGCCGCACCCGAUCGAUCUCGCUUCGUCCGGUCGUCUCUCCAAGCUCUCCCCCUCUCUCUCCGCCCACUCAGGAGGAGCUCUUCCUGCUACGAACGGAUGCUCGUGGAUGCAGGGCUCUUCCAUUUAUCACCAGACUGACGGCAACAGAUGGAGGCUGAAACCGGUUCGCUCGAUAUUCCCCACCAAGCCCGCCCAAGUUUCCUCUGUGCAGGACCUUUUCGAUUUCAUUUGCUCAGGUCCUCUCUUUGACAAGUUGGGCCUGAACCCAGAAAAGGUGGCCGAGUCCGUCGAUAAGUGGUUGGCUUAUGGCUUGCACCUCUGUCGGUUGUUUCAGCUCAAUGACCUCUACCUCACAGUUCCCGAAAAGGCUAGGCUUUAUCACUACUAUAUUCCCGUCUUUUUGUGGUGUGAAGAUCAGAUUUCUCAGCACUUCUCCAAGUUCAAGGAAGGAGAAGAUGUCCCACCUCUUGUGAUUGGUUUUAGUGCUCCCCAAGGUUGUGGCAAGACAACACUAGUUUUUGCCCUUAACUAUCUUUUCAAAGUCACUGGCAGGAAAUGUGCAACGUUAUCGAUAGAUGAUUUUUACUUGACGGCAGAGGGUCAGGCUAAACUGAGAGAAGAAAAUCCAGAGAAUGCGCUUUUAAAGCUGCGUGGAAAUGCAGGAAGCCAUGAUCUUCAAUUCUCUGUCGAAACACUCACUGCUGUGACCAAUUUGACUAAGGAAGGCAUGAAGAUGAAGCUACCUCGAUAUGAUAAAUCUGCUUACAAUGGAAAGGGUGACAGAGCUGAUCCAUCUACUUGGCCAGAAGUUGAAGGGCCAUUAACGGCUGUUUUGUUUGAAGGUUGGAUGCUUGGAUUCAAACCCUUGCCAGUAGAUGUAGUCAAAGCUGUUGAUCCACAGCUGGAGAUUGUAAACAAGAAUCUUGAAGCUUAUUACGAUGCAUGGGACAAAUUCGUUAAGGCAUGGAUAGUCAUCAAGAUUCAGGACCCCAGUUGUGUCUACCAAUGGCGCUUGCAGGCAGAAAUCGCCAUGAGAGAGGCUGGAAAUCCUGGGAUGUCUGAUGAGGAGGUUGAAGAUUUUGUCUCCCGUUACCUCCCAGCAUACAAUGCUUAUCUCCCGACACUCUACUCUGAAGGACCAAAUGGGUCAGACCCUGAGCAUCUCCUUGUUAUCGAAAUUGAUGAAGGGAGAAACCCAUUAUAGGUAGCUAGGUGACUCAGACUUUCACCGAGUCUUUUGAAGAAAUUCUUCUUCUUCUUCUUCUUCUUCUUCUUCUUCUUUUUAAUUAUUGUUAUUAUCUUAGAUGUUGGGCCCUGUUGCAUGGUCAGUUUUGUUUUCACAUCAUGCCAUCUCCUGUUGUUAGUCAUUGUAAAUUGUAUAUUCUGUAUGAAAUUUCGACGUGUAAAUAAACUGUCUUUCAGCUCCAGAUACAUCGGCAGCUUAUCAGGAA